GAAAGUAGGCGGAGUCUCACCAGAUUCAAGCAGUGACACUUCCAUGAUCUGACUAGACUAUAGAUCUAGGUAGUACUGGUACUGUGUGGACUCACUGUGCAUUGGCCCAUAAAGCUGUCGUCCCAAUAGUGUGAGAGUGGAGCUAAACAAGUGACCAAGGUACAGGCAUUCCAGUAUUGACAAACAUAGUGUGAGGUUACUUCUGUACACAUCAAGCAAUCAUGAGAAGGAGAAGGAACUCCUACAAUCCUCCGAUAUCCAUCGAAGGACCUAGACGUGGUUUUUCCACUCCUUCACCAAUUCGACCAAUUGCAAGAAUCAAUAAUUCCCCUACACUAUUUUUUGGAGAUGUUGGAAAUUUCGAUUCAGCGUUUCCUUCAAGGAAGAAGGUGGAGCUCAAGCGAACAGUGAGAGAAGCUAACGAUGCUUGCUUGUGGUUGAGAGCAGCUGGAUUUCCCCAAUACGUACAGAUGUAUGAAGACGGACAAUUCCCAAUAAAUUUGAGUCAGAUCCAGGUGGAAAGAGAUCAUGCAUUUCUCGAGCAAGCUGACAUUGAUUCUCUCGUGAGGCGAUUGAACAUACUCAACAGAUGUGCAGACCUUAUGGAGGAAAUCAAGUCAAAGAAGGAGGAUGAUUCUGAAGAUGAGUCACAGCACAGAGCCAUCAGUGAUCACUGGACCUUCCGCAAAAGAAACAAGAAGUGGUCACGAAGAUCGAGGUCUCAUUUGCGUGAAGACAGCUUCUCCAGUUCUUUAGAGGACAUUUUAGCCGAAGACUCAGAAACGAACGGAGCCAGUAAUUUAAAAGUCUCCCCCUUACUCCUUGUAACAGAACUGAGAACAAGUCUCACUAAUCUGGAUAAACGUGGUGUAAAGACGUACAGCUUUCUUCCCGGUGAUGAUCAAGUUCCUAAGAUCCUGGUAGGCACCUUUCCCACUGAGAAUGGAAUAGAAUAUGCAUUCGAUGAAGAGGCUACCUCCAAUGGGAGCGGAGUUUUUGAUGUUUCGAUGGAUGACACACCGCAUGAAGUAUCAGGAGAUGAGGGCUUGGGCGGCGAUGAUGACGAUGAAUUUUUCGAAUAUGACAGUAACACUUUUCCACGUGGUGGCAUUGACACAUUUGCUAUGGACAUGUUUAGUACAUUCGAAUCAAAUCUUGUGAAGCUACGAUCGCAGUCACUCCCUGACCUUUUCUCCAACCCUCACGCUGAGUUAUAUCAUCCCUUAGAUGAUGAUGAUGACAAUGAUGAUGAUGAUGAUCCUAACUCGUCUAGUGCAAGUGUGAGCACUAGCUCCAACCUCCACUCGAGUAAGGAUAGCAUUCUGGACGACAAUACAUUGUCAUUGGAGACCUCCCUCCCCUCUACCCCUAACCAAGAGCCCAAACAGAACAGCAGUGAACUAGAGAGGAAGCUGACAACACUCCCCACUCACCGGAAGGAGAACAGUUUGAGCAGCGAGGCAUACGAAUCAGCUGAGAGUGAGUUCUCCAGGAGCAGACCAGAAACACCCAGCUCCCCUCAGAAGAGAAUUGGUGCAGGCCGCAAAAUACAGCUGAGCGAGAAGUGGUCCUCUUCCAGUGUGCCCAGUGCCAGAAGGUCCACAGAAUGGAGUGAGUGUCCUAAAUGGCACAGUUUCCAGAAGGCACACAGCUACAGGCAGGUAUUCAGACCAGUCAGAACAUUGAUUCCCAUUGAAGAGCUGUCUGUUGGGCAGAUAUCUGUUCUCAAGAAGCUCUCACUCAUAAAGCUGACAGCCCUCAUAGAAUUGUACAAGGCCAAGUCAAACAUAGCAAGAAUCAUUAAGGGCAGAAAGCAUAAACUUCCUGACAUCAGACACAAGAGUGUGUUUGGUGUCCCCCUGCUCACUAAUGUCCAGCGUACAGGCAAAGCCCUCCCCCCCUCCAUCCUGGCUGCCCUCGACUACCUCACACAAGGCUCUGGACUGGAGACCAGUGGUCUAUUCAGGAGAGGGGCGUCCAAGGCCAAGAUCGACGGGCUAAAGCUCCUCACAGAGGCUAACCCCGAUCUCAGCGACUACAGUAGCUUUACUUGCUAUGAAGUGGCUGAUAUGAUCAAGCUCUACUUCAGACAACUGCCUGAGCCUCUACUCACCAGCAAGCUCUCAGAAACUCUCCUAAUGAUUCAAGAAAAUGUGCCGAGUCAGCUACGACUACAAGCCCUCCAAGGAGUGAUGCUGCUCAUGCCUGAUGAGAACAGGGAGGCUCUCCAGACACUAUUGGUGUUCCUUAAGCAAGUGGCCGACAACAGUCACGUCAAUCAGAUGGAUGCCAAAAACUUGGCAGUGUGUCUGGCCCCCUCCUUGUUUGCUCUCUCCCAGCAGUUACCCAAACCUGUAAACUUGACACGAGUCGGCUCUUUCAGACGAACAGCUGUCAACGGACACAACGCAGCCAGUCUCAACUCACCAGCCGCCAUCGCCAGAAACAGAAUGGUCAACGAGAGUGUGGCUAGCAGUCAGUGCCUCUCAGAGAUGAUCUCACAGGCCAACAAGCUCUUCUUGAUGCCUGCUGAUAUGCUCCAAGUAUGCCAUUUCACGCACCUCGAGGCUGGAGACCCAGUCCCCUAUCAUGAGCUGGAUUUGGACAAGGCUGACACGGGUAGUACCUAUCUAGAGUCCUGUGUGCAGUGCUUGCACAAGGAGCUCAAGAGGAAGUUCAAAGGUUGGAUACAUCACAGCACUCCGCAGAAGGGCGUGGAUGUCUCCUAUUUAAAACCCACUGAUGGUAUUCCGUUACGUGUGUGGAGGGGAGUGGUGGAGAUUGAUGCAUCACCAGAUGCUGUGCUCAAGAAAUUAUGGAUUGAGAAGUACGUGUGGACUGGCGAGUACUCCCUCACAAGACAGGUGGCUAGAGUGGACGAUCAGACGGAGAUACUCCAAUACACCACUCCCUCGCCUUCAGGGCUCACCGAUCGAGAUCACUGUCUCCUAAGGACCUGGGAUUUUGAUCCCGUGAGCGACACCUACAUCAUUGUGUCCACGUCCGUGUCCCACCCGUCAGCCUCACUACUGGCGGGCAUUCGAGCCACCGAGCUGGCCACACGCUACGUUAUAGAGAGGGUGGACAGAGACAAGACACGGCUCACCUUCAUCUGUAGAGUGGACAUGAAGGGUCGCUCGAGUGAAUACUACAACACUGGAUUCGGUCCCUAUCUGGCCUCCAGCGUAGCCAACCUCAGAGACUCAUUCCACCCGCCUGACUUUCUUGAAACAACCGUCUAGCUGGUUCAGUCAUCGUUUGUAUUAGUUUUGUUUCCGCUAUGAUUCUCUUCUUGUGCUAACGUACGUGUACGUGUAUUCUAUUAUUUAAUCAUUUCUCUCAUUUAAGCCACAUAACAUUUUGUGAAGCAUCAUUCAGUUUUCAAUAAGCGUCUCACACAUUCUUAACCUGUAUAAUUAUAUGUCACUCCAACCACUGCAUUUCCUUAUGAUAAUAUUAACUUCCUGGUUGUCAAUAAACCUUGAACACUGAA